CCUCUACUUACGGAACUUACGAGAAACUACUUCCACCCGGCCGUUUAGUCUGGUUCCUCCCUGCGAGAGAAGAGCAGCACGCUGUCCCGCUACAAAACACCGCCAUAAACAGAGCAGCCCGUCGGGAAUUCAUCUGAUCAGAAUGCAUAUUAAAACAGGUACCUGGGAGGCAAGUAAUGCAGUGUGUGAGUCGGACCCCCUGUGUGACCCUGCUGUCCUCGUCGCUGCACCUAAGCCAGAACCACACAUUCGGAACCGACGCCUCUCCCCUGGCUCUGGCAGCUGUGGUGGUGGUGGAGGAGGAGGAGGCUGCUCAGCAGGAGUGGAUAGCAAGUCCAUCCGUCAGACUUCCUCAAACAGUUUUAAUGAAUCGCACAGGACUGGCCAUACACACGUCUUCUUCUCUAGCUUGCACAGAGAGCAGCGGGUGCAUGCCAGGGGUAACAGAGGCUCUCGGCAAGACGGAGGCGGGAUGGGGCCUCGUGGCGGUGAAAAAAACCUCAGGUCCUCUCAGACCCACACACACAAAGAACGGUGGGUUGGAGACACUUUGUCAUCCCUUAAACCUCCACCUGCCUUCCCAGUGAAGGACAGCCCUGCAAAGCUGCAGCCUGCAGUCAGCUACGCCUCCAAAGUGAAGGCGGGUGGAACUUCAGGAGGAGUAGCGGAGGAACCUCCAGGUAUCAAGGUGCUUCUGCAGAACCAGUGGGGGCUCAGUUUUAUUAGCGAUGGCCCAGCAGUAGAAAACGCAGCUUCAGUCCCACCUCAAGAUAUGUCAGCAAGGAGUCCAGCUGCAACUCCGCACCCAGUAGCUGGAGAGGAAACUGCUGAAAAUUCUGUUAUUUCGACCUCCACAUCUUCACAAAGCCAGUGCUCAAAGGAACCCAAGAAUUCUGAAGAGCUGCUCCUUAGCUGUCACCAUCUGGUGGAGGCUGUGGAAUAUCAUACACAAGAAUGGAAUGCAAUACUGUGGGGACAGAAACAAGAUCCUGCAAAGGUUGCGUGGUACAAGGACGACCUGUAGUGCUCUGCCCAGAACACACCUGCACCUGAUCAACCGACACACACUCACUAUCCGUACAUUUGUCUUUCCCUAGCAAACAUAUAUUGACACUCAGGUUGUUCUUCCCACAGUCUACUUUUUGCACUCACCUUCACCUAAAAUUCUCCACCCAUGUCUCGAAUGCAUGGUUGCCUUAAAAUCAAGCCUUUGGUGUGGAGACAUUCCCCCACUGGGUUUUAUUAUGGAAAAGAAUGUUUUUUUAUAUAUAUAUAUAUAUAGCAUAUAUGAUCCUAAGAAUCUGGCAAUCUUAUUGUAAAAAGCUAGUUUUACUUUAAAUUAAUAAUGUAUAUCUAUUUUUCUCCCAAUUCAUGUACAAGUGACCUGUCAAGCACUUUUGUACUUACCGAAUGUGUCUGUCUGGAACAUCUGUUUUGGUUUUAGAAUAAUGUAAAAUGUGUACCGGUAACUUCAUCUUUUUUUUGUUUGUCUCACUGUCUCCACACCAAUUGUCUGAAUAUUUUCUGAUGGCGUUUACAUGGGUGUGGCUGGCACGAUGUGACAGCUUCCUGUUCUAAUAUCUGUUCUUAGUGCUAUUUUUAAACGUUUUCACCCUAGUUUGAAUGUCAGACAUAAUAUGGGUGGUUGUUCCUUGUUUUGUUUUUAAGGUGGGCACUAAAAGAGAUUUAGAGAUUUAAUUUGAAGAAUUGCAUAAUAAAAGCAGAUAAUGCAACUUCUGCCUACAGUUUCAUGUGGUCCGUAUUC